AGCCUGCACUGUAAAGUGAGACUCUGUCUCCAUAAAUAAAGUCUUCAAACUCAAGUCCAGAAGUUCGUUCCACAGAAAAACUAAUGGCCAAGAGGCAAGUGCUGGGGAGAAGGAGAGGCCUCAUUUCAUGGCCGAAGAAUGGAGAAGGCAGCGCUCUGCUCACAAACUGACUUCUGCACUCCAGGAGCUGGAGAAGCAGUAUUCGCCCAGCAGAUGGGUCGUCCGAGUGGAACCGGAGGAAGCCUUGAGGACCUUCUCGGGGAAGGGAACUGAGGCCACCAAGAAUGCCCAGGCCACCAGGAGGUGCCAGCUGCACGCCCCCUACGGGGAUGGCAAAGGGGACAGAAUGGACAUCUACUUCCCUGAUGUGCAGUCAGAAGCCCUGCCUUUCUUCCUGUUUUUCCACGGAGGAUACUGGCAGAGUGGAAGUAAAGACCAAUCGGCCUUCAUGGUCGACCCGCUGACAGCACAGGGAGUGGCCGUGGCUGUAGUGGAUUACGACAUCGCCCCCAAAGGGAGUCUAGACCAGAUGGUAGACCAGGUGACCCGCAGCAUCAUGUUCAUCCAGAAGCGGUAUCCAUGCAAUGAGGGGAUCUACCUGUGUGGCCACUCUGCUGGAGCCCACCUGGCCAGCAUGGUGCUCCUGGCCAGCUGGACCGAGCAUGGAGUUGUGCCCAACCUCAGAGGCCUUUUCCUGGUGAGCGGCAUCUACGACCUGGAGCCCUUUGUACACACUUCCAACAAUGCCCUUCUCCUCCUGACCCUGGAGGAUGCGCUGAGGAACAGCCCACAGCAGCGCCUGGAUGUGGCCCCGGCACCGCCUGCCGGUCUAGCCUGCCCUAUCCUGGUGAUGGUGGGUGAGCACGAGUCCCCCGAAUUCCACCGCCAGUCCUGGGAGUUCUGUCAGACCCUGUGCCGAGGAGGGUGGAAAGCCUCGUUUAAAAAACUACCCGAUGUGGAUCACUUUAGUAUUAUUGAGAACCUGACCAAGAAGGACUACGUGGUAACCCAGAUCAUCAUGAAAACAAUCUCCCAGAAGUGCUGAUGACCCGGCUCUGGCCCUUGAGCACCACCCUGAGAGCCCUCGGAGCUGAGAGGUGACUGCCUGCCCGCACACACGCAUGACCAGAACGAUCGAUCGAAGGAAUCCCUCUUUCCUGCCCCAACCAGACCUGCUAACUCCCACCACGAGCUCUGUAGCCAAUGGUCUUUAUUUCAAACCGGUUGACGCAGAUGUUAUAGUUUAGAUGUAAAAUACCCCUGCAAGCCGCAUAUGUUUAAAGAUAAUUUGGAUUCGUCCAGUGAUGAUUUCAGUGGCUAAAUGUGCUGUUAGGAGGUAGGGCCUGGUUGGAGGUGGGUCACUGGGGACAUGACCUAGAAAGGUGUGUUCUUUUUGUUUGUUUUUUUUGAGAUAGGGUCUUGCUAUGCAGUUUGGGCUGGACUUGCAUUACUACACACCCCAGGUUGGCCUUGAAUUCACAGCCGUCCUGCCUCGGCCUCCUAAGGGCUAGGAUUACAGGCCUGUGUCACCAUGCUCAGUUGGAAAGGGUGUGUUCUCGUCCUGACUCCUCUCUCUCAGCUUCCUGCAUGCCAUGGGGUGGGCAGGGUUCCUCUCCCAGUCCCACCACCAUGGCAUCUCCGCCUUGGAGCCAGCCUACCAUGGACUGAACCUACUGGAAACCCAAAUAAACCUCUUCUCCUUUGA